UACAUCCUCUCCUCUCUCUCUCUCUCUCUCUCUGCGCGGGAUCUCCAUCAUCUCCAUGGCCCGCCCUAAACCCGCUCUGAAACCCUAAUCCCCGCUUUUCCGGCCACCGCAAAACCGGCAAUGGCGUCCCCUGUCUUCCUUCUCGUCCUUCUCUUCCUCUCCUUCUCGCGCACUGCAAAACCAGACCUGGAAUCGGACAAAACCGCGCUCCUCGCCUUCCGCUCUGCCGUCGGCAGAAAUCUUCCAUGGUCCGCAUCUCAAUCUCCUUGCCUCUGGCAAGGGAUUCAGUGCUCCUCCAACCGCGUUACCGCCGUACGCCUCCCUGGCGUUGGCCUCAUGGGCCCCAUCCCUCCCUCCACCGUCGGAAACCUGACCCAGCUCCGCACUCUCAGCCUCCGCUUCAACGCGUUGAACGGCCAGCUCCCCUCCGACCUCUCCCUCUGCGUCAACCUCCGUAACCUCUACCUGCAAGGGAAUUUCUUCUCCGGCCAGAUCCCACCGUCCAUCCUCCUCCUAAAGAAUCUCAUCCGUUUGAACCUCGCCCAUAACAAUUUCUCCGGCGGGAUCUCGCCGAGUUUCAACAACCUGACCCGGCUCGGCACGUUGUACCUUGAGGGCAACCAACUCGACGGUCCGAUCCCCGAUUUGAAUCUGCAGAACCUACAGCAAUUCAACGUGUCGGGUAAUCGGUUGAGUGGGCCGGUGCCGUCGGGUCUUCGGAAGAUGCCUGCCAAUGCGUUUGCGGGGAAUUCGCUCUGCGGUGGUCCGCUGGCCGCCUGCCCAGGUGCUGAAACCCCUUCGCAGCCACCAAGCUCAUUGCCGUUGUCGAAGCUGCCGAAGACGAAGAAGAAAAAGAAGCUUUCCGGAGGCGCAAUUGCAGGAAUUGCUGUCGGAUCGGUGUUGGGUUUUCUUCUAAUUAUCGUAAUUCUGUGCGUUUUCUGCCGGAAGAAGAGCCCCAAGAAGACGAGGUCGGUCGACAUUGCAACGGUGAAGCCGCCGAUGGCGGAAUUGGAGAUUCCUCCGGAGAAGACAGGGGCGGGAGAUGGUGACAGCAGCAGUUUUUCGGCUGCGGCUGCUGUGCCGAAAGGCAGCAGCGGGGAGGUGUCGGGGAGUAAUGCGAAGAAGCUGGUGUUUUUCGGGAAUGUUGGUGGGCGGGUCUUUGAUUUGGAGGAUUUGCUGAGAGCUUCUGCUGAAGUUUUGGGGAAGGGGACAUUUGGGACGGCGUAUAAGGCAGUGCUGGAGGUUGGGACUAUUGUGGCUGUGAAAAGAUUGAAGGACGUGGGGAUCCCAGAGAGGGAAUUCAGGGAUAAGAUUGAGGCUGUUGGAUCGAUGGACCAUCAGAAUUUGGUGCCGUUGAAAGCGUAUUACUUCAGUAAAGAUGAGAAGCUGCUGGUGUAUGAUUACAUGCCCAUGGGGAGUCUCUCUGCUCUCUUGCAUGGCAAUAGAGGUGCAGGAAGGACACCAUUGAACUGGGAGACCCGGACCCGCAUUGCCCUCGAGGCUGCCCGUGGCAUCGAAUACCUCCACAGUCGAGGCCCUGCCGUCUCCCAUGGCAACAUCAAGUCCUCCAAUGUCCUCCUCACCAAAUCCUACGGUGCCCGCGUCUCUGAUUUCGGCCUGGCACACCUUGGGGGCUCCAGUGCCACCCCCAACCGUGUUGGGGGCUACCGUGCACCGGAGGUGACGGAUGCCCGCAAAGUCUCCCAGAAGGCCGACGUCUACAGCUUUGGCGUACUGCUUCUAGAGCUGUUGACUGGGAAGGCCCCGUCCCAUGCAGUCUUGAAUGAGGAGGGGGUGGACCUUCCAAGGUGGGUCCAGUCGGUGGUCCGGGAAGAGUGGACUGCUGAGGUGUUCGACCUUGAGCUUCUGAGGUAUCAGAGUGUUGAAGAGGAUAUGGUGCAGCUGCUGCAGCUUGCGAUUGACUGCGCGGCACAGUAUCCUGAUAACCGCCCUUCAAUGUCAGAGGUCUCAAGGCGGAUCGAAGAGCUUUGCCGCUCGAGCCUACCUCAGGAUCAUGACGGAAACCAACAUUCUAUCGACGAUGAUGGGUCAUCUCGCAGGACCAAUCCGGUAGAUGGGUCUGGCCCGCCACCGCCAAGCUCCUUGCUUUUUGAUUGAAGGAUGGACAAUUUCACCAUUUUUAGUGAUUUGGUUUGUGAUGGUUUGUUGUGGAAGCAGGGUUUAAUAGGGCUUUUCUUUCAUUAAGCAACUGUGUAUUUUUUCUUUCUUUCUUUCUUUUUCUUUUCUUUUCUUUUCUAAUUUGGGGAGCUACUAUUUAUGCCACCUUUGUUGAUUCAUACAGUCCAUUGCUUCUACUUUUUGUGUCACAAUAGUACUAGGAUGUACAACUUCAUACUAUUGUAUUACCAAAAGUAGGAAAGAAUGGUGUAUCUAUCAAAAUGGUGGGUGUAAGUAUCAAUUCCCUUUUCCCUUUAUAGAGUUUUUCUUUCAGGUUUUGGAGGGGGGUGGCCGGUGUUUGUUUUGGAUGAACAGUGUAAUGUUUUUGGGUGUUGGGGAGUGUUUGAUGGUGGUUUGGUUGUUGUGAUUA